CUCCUCCCAACAUACUUGUAGCACUAAUAACAACCCAGGCUUUCGGGGAAAGGCCCGGACGAAACAAUCAACACUACGUGUAGCCUUGUGCGGUGCCUCAGGAGACAAUGGACGACUUCUCGGACCAAAGACCCGCAAGACGCAUGCGGCUGGGGACCAAGUCGUGCGCCGAAUGCCGUCGCCGAAAGGUCCGGUGCGUCUUCCCGCAAAACAGCUCCAUCUGCCACGGAUGCUCGCUCCAUCAAACGCCGUGUCGGGCCCAGCAGCCGCGUCCGAAAGACGGUGGCCGGCCGGGCCAUGCGCAGGUUCAGGGGCUGCUUCAGUCACAGUCAGUGUCUCAGUUGGCCGCCGACAACGCGGUGCUGCGGCGGCGGGUGGCCGAGCUCGAGGAUCUCAUCGGCAGCCUCUGCGAUGCUCUCGAGCCGAACGACGAGGCCUCUUCAGCCUCUGCCUCUGGCGCAGCUUCUUCUACCUCAGCUUCCACCCUAGCUUCCUCGACGACCCCUGCGGAUAUCAAUACGAGGGCGAUACAAGUUAUAACGAACCUCAAGAACCAUGGGCUUCUACAGAAUGACGCAGCGCUGAGUUACAACUUCGGAGCUGCUCUUGUUGAUCCUGUUCCCAAUACUGUUCUUCCUAAUAUCGGGGAGGUUCCUACUUCCGGCCCUCCCUCCUCGCUCCUCUCUCCAGGGUCUCUCGACCACGAGUCGUCCAGCAGUCCGCCAGACUACGCGGACAAGGCCAUCACUGCUGUCGAUGCGCCUCUGAUUAACCUCUUCCGAGAUGCCCUGCUCAUCCGGGAGACUGAGGGCGAGCUUUACGACGACCCCGAGGAUCCGUCCAUGACCUACCUGAUGAAAGAAUCCAUCAGCUCGUUCAAGCCACCUAUUCCCGACCCGGAGACACUGCGUCUCAUCCUCGAAGACUCGAAAUCGUUCUGGCCGAUCUGGCCGACCUACUACUUCGGCCCCGAAUUUUCCAACGUCAUGCACAUCGCUAGCCUCGAUGUUGCUGAAGCGUAUCUGAGCCAAAUCCUCAACUAUAGCCGCGGCGUCGAUUUCUGCAAUGCAAUCCUCUUCCUUACCCUCUGCAUUCAGCAGCUCCCCCGACAAUGGAAACGCGUCAUCAUAUCUCCCAACAUCUCCCGGCAGGUUAUCAUAGACACGUACAUCCGCUUUGCCCUUGUCCUCCUCGCUGUGGAAGGCGAAGCGAGCCCACAAGCCGUGCAAUGCUACCUGCUCCUCCAUAAAAUCCUCAUCAAUAUGGGCCGGCCGCAGAGAGCUUGGAUGGCCAUCCGCCACGGCAUCAGCGCUGCCACCGUCAUCGGCCUGGAUAGACUUGAUGCUAAUGCGAGUAUCCAGAAGAAGUCUCUGUGGGCCCAAACCUGGCAAAUGGAACGCCAGUUGUGUAUGAUGCUUGGCUUCCCUUCUGCUGUCAGCAGUCUUGGAACCAAAGACGAUUCUUCCAUGACCCAGAUGCUUCUACCCGCCCAAACCGUAUUCCGUCGUACAUGUGUCAUAAUGGGACGUGUCAUUGAUCGCAAUCAAAACUCACACGAAAGUCCCUAUGCGACAACCGUGCAGUUGGAUCAGGAUAUGGAGGAUCUGAAGAGGGACUUCCCUCCGGAAUGGGCUGGGGAAUACGACCCCAGUCUUUCCAUGCCCGCCAUCUAUUCCCAAGAGGCAGCCCAAAUAUUCUAUUACUCAACCCUCAAGCACGUCCACCUGCCGUUUAUGCUCAAAGCCAAAACCGAUCGACGCUACGAGCACAGCCGGUUGUCCACCAUGGAAGCUUGUCGAGAGCUCAUAAAGGCCUAUCUUCGUCUUCGACGUUCGCCCAAAUCAGAAUCCGUCCAGUGUGAGCUCAUGGACUUCACCAUGUUCAGCUCUGCCAUCACACUCAUUCUAGGAAUCUUGUCUGGGUCGCCCAACACAGAGGGAUCGCUAGUAGCUGUUCCUUACUGCGCGGAAGAAUACCGGCUCAUCGAUAGCCUCAUUGGGGAGUUGAGAAGAACAGAUAGUUUGCUGGAGUGUACGGUAGCGCGGCAGAGCGCACAAGUGCUAGAGACACUUGUAGCCGCCAGCUACGGCACGUACAAUGCGCAAGACGACUUCACGCUUGUGGUGCCUUACUUUGGAAGAUUGCGCAUCAGCCAAGGAACAAGGACAGUCACCAACGGCAAUGCUGAUACCAUUACCAGCAGCGUCAGUAGCCAUAAUAACUCCACUCUCGCAAGCCCAAGUGUUGCGUCGACGGUGGAAUUGUCUUCGCUGCCGCCAAAACAGAUUCCGGGCGAACCGUUCUACUUGCCCCAACCCUCAAACACCAUCGAGUUUAGUUCCAACGAGUUCUUGAAUACGACUUUCAGUGACUUUGAUUUCCAGAUGGAUCUCAGCCAGGACUGGUGUACGAUUGUAGACACGAACGUGCAGUAUGACUGGAACCAAUUAUUCAACGGUACAAACAACAUGGAACUCCGGUAGGCUGAAGCUUACUCAAACAUUAUGCGGAAAUGACGUAUCUGACAAGGUUUAUGAUGUACAACGGAGUUUAGGGUGUUUAUUAGUGCUUUGUCGCUUGCUUGCUUGUUUAUUUGUUUCUGCUGGGACUGCAGCAGUGUAUAUGCAACUAAGUUAUAUUGCCUACGAAAUAUUUUAACUAUAUCUCAUAAUAAAAGUUGACUGAGAUCGUUUAUGUAAAUACAAUCGAAGUCGCAGCGCA